CCCGGCCCUGCGCCGCCGCGGCUGCCUUCAGCAGCAGCCGCCGCCGCCGCCGCCGCCAUGAAGCUGACCGACAGCGUGCUGAGGAGCUUCCGCGUCGCCAAGGUGUUCCGCGAGAACUCGGACAAGAUCAACUGCUUUGACUUCAGCCCCAACGGGGAGACCGUCAUCUCCAGCAGCGACGAUGACUCCAUCGUGCUCUAUGACUGCCAGGAGGGCAAACCAAAGAGAACCCUGUACAGUAAGAAAUAUGGUGUGGACCUCAUCAGAUACACUCAUGCAGCCAACACGGUCGUUUACAGCUCUAACAAAAUAGACGACACUAUCCGUUACUUGUCGCUGCAUGACAACAAAUACAUCAGAUAUUUCCCUGGACACAGCAAAAGGGUGGUGGCCUUGUCCAUGUCACCUGUGGAUGACACUUUCAUUUCUGGGUCUCUUGAUAAGACCAUUCGACUCUGGGAUCUCCGGUCUCCUAACUGCCAGGGCCUCAUGCAUCUACAAGGCAAACCAGUUUGUUCCUUUGAUCCAGAAGGGUUAAUUUUUGCCGCAGGUGUCAACUCAGAAAUGGUCAAACUUUAUGACCUUCGUUCUUUUGAUAAGGGACCAUUUGCAACCUUUAAGAUGCAGUAUGAUCGGACUUGUGAGUGGACAGGACUUAAGUUCAGCAAUGAUGGCAAACUCAUACUCAUUUCCACCAACGGCAGCUUCAUCCGUCUUAUUGAUGCUUUCAAGGGUGUGGUGAUGCACACGUUUGGGGGUUAUGCUAACAGCAAAGCUGUUACACUCGAAGCUUCAUUUACUCCAGAUUCACAGUUUAUUAUGAUUGGUUCAGAAGAUGGCAAGAUCCACGUCUGGAAUGGAGAGAGUGGUAUAAAAGUAGCUGUAUUGGAUGGUAAACACACGGGUCCCAUUACCUGUUUGCAGUUCAACCCCAAGUUCAUGACCUUUGCCAGCGCCUGUUCCAACAUGGCCUUCUGGUUGCCCACCAUUGAUGACUGAUCCUGCCACUGCUCGGCUCUUUGUACAGUGAGGGCGUCCAACAGGAAAAAGUCAGAGGUGACUGAGGUGACAGUGGGACUGACUGGAUCAUUUGACUGGACUGGAGAACAUCUUUCCACAUGGCCUUCCCAGGGAUGUGCUGUCCAUCCGCUCUAAAGAAUUACUUUGCUGAGCGCCUUCCAAAGGACUCUUGGUGCUGCAGAUUCAGUUGGCACUCAGCCUUUCCAGCUCUCAGUGCACCAAGCUCUUCAGAGGGUGACUACUUAUGAUUAGGUUACAGUGGGGCCCUUGAGCCCCUUCAGUUUUGAAUAUAUUUGCUGCUGAAGAGCCAGUGACAUCACCAAUUUCUGCACAUCCUUCUCCCACCCCAGAAAUGCAUGGGAAGCCACAGUUCUGGUUUUGAAAUGCUAGGGCAGCUCAGCACCUCUUGCCCUCACCCUGCAUGUCUUGUUACUGGGUCUCCCUGUGUAAUUGUGGCAUUAUUCCACAACCAUCAUGUUUCUUAGGUGCCAAACAUUUACAAAAAUAAGUCUUCAUGUACCUUGGGGUCAAAGAAAGGGACAAAGAGAAGGACCUUGUUUGUCAGGAGGCUUUACAGUAUUCCUGUGUAGGUGGGUGGGGCAGGUCUUGGGCUUGGAUGUUGGCCAACAAAAGGCCCAAGCGUCUGAAAGGGAGGGAAGGGAAUAGCAGGUAAAUUCUGAGAGCUGAAAGGUUUAACAGCCUGGUGCAAUUCCCCCAUCAAGACAGCCCCACAGUCUUUGUGGGGAUCCUACCGAGCUUGGCUUGUACAAAAGCAAGGUAGGAGUUUAUUUUUGUACCUGAGUCACAUCACGUUUUCCUGUGGGCCAGUAUUGUGGAAUGAGUCUGAGUUGUUUACACUGAUGCCUUCCUUCCCUGCCCACCACGAAUUGUGUACAUAGUCAGCAGAUGAUACCCCUCUUCCCCAGCUCUUCCCCAAGAGCUGGCUCUAGGCCUGUGUUAUAUGUUAUAUUUAGCCUUUUUAUAUAUGACCCUUGAUCUGUUUGUAUUUGAGCACAGUGUGCGUGUCCAAUUAAAUUCUCUCUCAUCUAGUUUAUCAAGAGUUCAGCAGGAGAGGGAACCCUGCAGCUGAGAAAGACUCUUUGUGGGUAGUGUUUGCCACAAGUGUUAGUCUACUCUGUUAACCUUCGGGAGACAACGUGAAGCAGAGCUUCUAGUGUUUGCUGUUUUCAUGGCAGCUAAGUGAGAGCCUUGGAUAACUCCCUUGUGCUCUUCAAGCCACACUUCGGGGCCCUCUCUACAGUAUUAGAAUCUUUUUUUGCCUGAUUAUGCUCUGUCUGCACCUGUAUAUGUGUGACAGUCACUUCUGCAUGGCUUCUGUGCCUGGCUUGUGGCGUUUGGGGACAGGGUGCUAGAACCAGUGUUUUUAGUUUGUCAGGACUCCUCACCUGUUGUGUCGGCAUUGGUUGCCCUUUUUCUUGCUUUCUCCUGAGAGAAGGCUAGGACCAGACUGAGAAGAGCUGCAGCUGACCUUUUCUUCCCAGUAUGGCCACCUCAGAGGAGAACAAAUGGUAGUCAGACAUUUACAUAAGCGAGCAGUACCCCUGCAGCUCCAGAAAUCAAGACCCAACAGGCUGAUUUGCCCAUGAGUACCCAGCUGCGAGGGUGUCGGUCAGGCCAUCACUGCUUCUGUUCAGAAGCAGGCAUGGGCUUCGAAUCGCUAACGCUAUUUUUUAAGCAAUUACUUUUUGACUUGUUAUUCCAACUGAAAAGGUGGCCACCUUCACUGAAGUCUCUUAAGUGUUGCUGAGCAGUCCUGCCUUCUCAGAGUGGAUAGACUAUAGGAACCAGGUGAUUGGAGAUGUUACUGCCUACCUUCAGGAUCUAAGAGUCCAUGUUUGGAGGAUCUGUGGAGAGCAAAGGUCUGUAACUCUGGAUUAGUAAGGCUGCAUAACCUGAAAGUAGAGCAGCUUGCCUGGUCACAGAGAAACUGAGUUAAUGAGUGUCCAAAGCUGAGGCACCAUGUUCUUGGAAGACAUACACUGCCUCACAGCCUCUGCUGGGCCCUGUGGCAGCAGAGCUGAGUUCUGAAUUGGGAGGGAAAGAUUCAGCUGGAACUUAGGAUUCUGUAUGUGGUCACAGGGUAAGCAAGAGGGAGAAAGCAAUGGCAGUCUGGGGGUGUGUCCGUGGGAUGUACUCACUGUCCUCUGAAUGUCAGCCAGAGCCACUGCUCUGUGUGUGGCAGCUGACACUGCACUGUUCAACCACCAGCCACUGGGGUUUUUUAAUGAAUUAUUCCCCGCUGUAACUGACAACUACUGCUUAUGAAGGAAAAUUGGGGGAUUUUUAAGAACCAAUUUGCCACCCAAAUGGUACCACUGUUAAUUUUGAUGUUAAAUGUUCCUCUAGAUAUCUCUGUGCAUAGACUUUGGUGUGUUUACAUAGUUGUUAUCCUACUGUACAUACAAUUUUAUGUCCCUUUUGUACUUAACAUAAACUUUUUUUUUUUUU